AUGCCAGAGCGCUUAUUUCGAGCCUCCGAAAAGUUGAAGACCGUUAUAAAAAUGAAAUCCUGGUCACCGACCCGUUCGCGAAAGCAGUCGAAGGAGGAAUCGGGCCGGUGCCAUCUCCUGGAACUGCCCACCGAGUUACUAUUGGAGAUUGUGUCUCAUCUGACCGUGAUCCCGGAGGCUUCCCUUGCGCUAACGUGCAAACGCAUGUUCACGAUAUCCGGAGAAAUUCUGUCGUCCAAAUCCCUCCGCUUCGGCCGGGAUUUUGCUCCCCUUUUCCAUCAUUACCGCAAUGGACACAACUAUGUCACCCCGCGAUGGCAAUUUAUCAACCUCCUCGAGAAUAGCCGCUGGCGGGCGUGCUCCAAGUGCCUGAAACUGCAUCCCCGUGCCGCCUUCACCUCCCGGGAACUAAGACGCAAGUCAGAGAACCGAAGUUGCAAUGUUGGCGAACUCGCAGGAAUCGUUGAUCUUUGUCCAUGCAAGAAGUUGACGUUCCGAGAUAAGAUGGAGCUGGUAAACCAUCUUCGCAUCCGAAAGAUCUCCGUGAACGCCUUGAAGACACAAUUCGGUGAUCAUGUUGGGGACCGUUACUGCUGGCAUUCAUGUAUUGAGCAAUAUGGACCCACUGAAUUGAAGGUGUCACUGUUUCCCGAACUCGACGAAGCGGAUCAGUUAAUCAUUCGGACCGAAUAUCAACUCACGACAGAGUCGGGCCAGGUAGGCAAGGAGGAGUUCAUGACUCCUCGCUUUGGAUGUGCGCAUCGAUCGGUAGAUCUAUGGCUUUCAAGUGUCUACCAAACUACCAUAUGUCGCAUGCUCGACUCUUUCUGCACAUCCUGUCGCCGCAUCUCAGUCUGCGGUGCAUGCAAUACGACCCUGAAAUGUCCCCGAAAACAGCCAUUCCGUUCCGAAGAAUCUGGAAAAGCGACAUAUUUCUUUUGGACUCAGCGGUGCCUCGGGAGCACAGACCCUGUUCCUGACGCUGCUUGGGGUGCUCAGAGAAUCCAUCCGGCAGAGCCUUCCAUUGGGGUCGAGAAUUGCAAUGAGCUCUGCCCUUGGACUGUACGUGAACAUCCACCCCUCACAUUUGCACCUUCUAUAGGCGAAGAAAUCAUUCAACCUGCCAUGAACAACCAAUCUAUCAGUUCGUUAUACUCGUCGAUCCGCAUGUUGUAG